AUGUGGAGUGUAGGCGCCCUGCCGGCAGCGGGCGCGGCGGCUCUGCUGCUUGCGGCGCUAGUGGCGACCGGCGAGGCACUCCGGGAAGGAGACUGCGAAGUGUGUGUGACGUUUUUGGGCAAGUUCUACACGUCCCUUCAGGAGCAGAAGGCCGACAUGAGCAGCGAUGCCGUGGAGAAGGCGCUCCUUAAGAGCUGCGCUGCUGCUAAAGGCAAAGAAAACCGCUUCUGCUACUACAUUGGGGCCACCAGCGACGCCGCCACAAAGAUGAUCAACGAGGUGUCCAAGCCGCUCAGCUACCACGUCCCCGUUGACAAAAUCUGUGAGAAGCUUAAGAAGAAGGACGGACAAAUCUGCGAACUUCGAUACGACAAGCAAGUGGACUUGAGCUCGGUGGAUCUAAAGAAGCUGAAGGUGAAAGAUCUAAAGAAGAUUCUGGAAGAAUGGGGCGAGUCAUGCAAAGGCUGCGCUGAAAAGUCCGACUUCAUCCGGAAGAUCACCGAGCUGAUGCCCAAGUAUGCCCCCGCUGCCGCCGGCGCGCGGACGGACCUGUGA